AUGCUUGCUUGGACCCUAAGCUUGUACGAGCUGAUCAUUUCUUUUAUACUGGGCUUGAUGUCCCUGGCAAGUGGCAACACUUCAAACCCUCUUGGCUCGAACAUAAACCGACUCACCGUGGAUCAGAUUCCUGGACUAAACACCCUUGGCAUUUCAACAGUGCGUGUUGACUUUGCACCAGGGGGUGUUGUCCCUAUCCACAGACAUCCACGAGUCACUGAGAUAGUUACAGUUUUAGAAGGCAGACUCCGUGUUGGCUUUGUAACUUCUGCUCUUGAAAACCGGGUUUUCAGUAAGAUUCUUGACAAGGGAGAUGCGUUUGUCUUCCCUAUGGGGCUCGUGCAUUUUCAACAAAAUGUGGACAGUGGAAAUACUGUUGUAAUCGCCUUCUUGAGUAGCCAAAAUCCUGGUGUCGUCGCCAUUGCUAAUGCUGUUUUUGGAUCAAACCCACCUAUUGAUGACGCCAUACUAGCCAAGGCCUUUCAGCUAUAG